UUCUUUCUUGUUUUUCCUAAGAAAUUUUAGCCUCUUGUUUAUCCAAAGUAAAUAUAAAUCCAAAUAAAAUAAUUAUUUAUCCAAAGUAAGUUUGAAUUUGCCCUUUUCUCACCUGUCUGUCAUCUUUCACUGUCAAUUAUAUUUCAUUGUUAUUAAAAUUGAGUAUAACAUUCAUCUCAAUUUUAAUUGCUGUGUAUAUCAUACAUUUUUCAGAGGAAGAUGUCACUGGAAUAACGUUACCCGAUAUUACAGAAGAUGAUUUGAAGGAAAUGAAUAUGAAAUUGGGACCUAGAAAACGCAUUAUGCAAAUAGUGAAAGGAAUAGAGUGUCAGCCAAUGCAACCUGUUACUUUCUAUGUGAUACCUAGAGAUGAAAUAAGCAGUACUGAAGAUGUAGAAGAUGCAAGUGUGAUUACCCCACAGGAUAUACAAAUAGAACAGAUUUGCUCAGACACACUAGCAGUACACAAUCAGUGUACUUCACAUGAGCAUUCUUUUGAUAUUAGACAUUGGGUCAACAGUCACCUAAAAGGAAAACAGCUCUGUAACAACCUAGAUAAGGGCUGCUACAAGACUGAAGACAGGCAGCUGCUUGUUAGGAUAGUCUGUUCAAAAUUAGUGGAGUUGUGUGGAACUGUUUACCCAUCCGCUGAAUGUAAAGAACGUACUGCAGAGGCAAUAGUAAAUGCGUUUCCAUUGCUAAAAUCAAAAAGGUUCCCGCAUGGAUAUGAGAGCUUCUAUAAUAAGAGUACAGGAACAGGCUUUAUAGAGUACCGUCUGAAAACAUUCAGGAAGUCUCUAAGUCCAUCGCAAAGAAAGAGGUCUCCAAAAAAGAUAUUAGCCAAAAAUUCAAAAGGCAGCAAAAGGCAAAUAUCUAUUAAAACAGAACGCUUGACUAAUGAGGAUUUAGAAGAAAAGAUAAUGUGGAUGAAAUUAAAAAGCCCCACGGAGCGCAAUAAACGAAUGAUUUCAGAUGUAUUGUCGGAAACAAUGGCUGACAGAGAAGCUCUAAGAAGGGAUUCAGCCAUAAGCAUAGCAGAUAUUCUAGAGAGAUAUCCCAGGCUUCAAGAUUAUAGAGGAGAUAUGAUUGAUGCAGAAUUUUUACGGAUGCAUCCAACUUCAGAUACUUUCUUGGGAAAAUUUUCAUCUUUUUAUGUCCCAAGAAUUUUGAGAUAUGUAGAAACAAAAAGGCCUGAUCUUCUGGUACCAACUAUUGCUGAUUUCAGUGAUGAUCUAAAAGCAUUAGUUCUGCUCCCUGAACUUUUGCCCAGCCCAAAUUAUGGGAAAGGAAAAGAGAAAAAGAGUAAAUUUAAGCCAUCAUGCAGUUAUCUGAAAAGAUCGAUUCCUAGUCCUGCACUUAUCAUAUUUGCUAAUGGAAUAGAAGACUUGGAAUCACCUGGAACAACUGACCAUAAACAGCCAAUUCUGGUUUGUGUGUCUGCAAGUUCCUGUAGCAAAUUUUAUGUUAAAGCAGGCAAUCUAUUAAUUUCAUGUCCAAAUCAUGCAUUGAAGGCAUUCGACAUUCUUUUCAAAACUCAUUUUGUAUUUAAUGUUGAAUAUGCACAUAUGUUAAUAUAUUUUUAUAACUUCAUUGCAAGCUUUUUGUAUAAUGUCUGCACUCCGAGAGCAGCUGCAGACUCCUUAAACACAUGUCUUAGUAAUAUAUCUGUUACAUAAGAUUUUAAUAUUUACUGUAUAUACAUUGCAUUUCAUAUUUUAAUAGCAUAUUCAUUAAACAUAUGUGAUAUAAAUGCAUAUCAGAUGUGUUAAAAAAAUUCAAGCCAAGAAAAAUGAGUGCUUGAAUAUUGUAUAUACAAAGUGUAAUAGAAUUCGUGAUUACAACUUUAAGGGUGAUAAAAAUGGUAAAAGUAAGAAUUUUCAUAAUACGGUGUGUGAGGCAAUGUGAAUUAGAACAUGGAAAUAACGGAAGUUCAAAGAACAUGGUAAACAAAGUAAUUUUAAUCAUGGGUAUUUACAAGAACAGGUUUGACAUGUACAGGUAUUGUUCAAAUGAAUGAUCAUCAACUAUAUAAAACAGUGAUGUCAAAGAGACCCGUUGGAAGAUGUGUCAAACAUACACAUUGGAAAAUGUUUGGCACUUGAUGUACUUCUAUAGCUGCAGUAUUAAUUCUGGUGAUAAGGUUUCCAAGAGAGUUAAUCUGUAUGUUGUAAAUGAGGUCUGUCUUUGUUAUGAUGCCUGUGUGCUUAUUUGAACAUUUAUUGUAAAUAUUCAUGAUUGAAACGAUAUUUAAUUUUUUUCAUAUACCUUGAACUGAACUAUGGUUUUUUGGUGUUCACAGCACUCUGUGUAAUGAAAACUGCUAGUUUUGCUUUGUCCUAUCACAUCUUAACACAUUGACUGCCACACGAGUUUGUAAGAAAAUCUCGUUUAGGUCAUAAGGGCUGCUAUACCAUGCAUCAAUUGUUUCUCACCACAUGAGUUUAGAACGUCUAGAAUGAAACUUGGAAACUUCAUUUCAGUUUAAAAUCUCUCCUCAAAAGUGAAGUAUAUAAGAAAGGGUGUCCUUUCUUCUUUUCCAAGUAUUUUUUCUGUAGUGACAAAUUGUUGAAAUUUUUUUUGUUAUAAUUGUUGCUCUAAUUUUUUGCAGCGUCUAAAAGAAAAAUAAAAGAAUAAUUUUUAAGUGAGUCAUAUAGCAGUGUAGAAGAAACCUGUUGCGAGGCUUAGCAAAAUUUGAAUAGUAAUAAUGAGGAACAUUUGAGAUUUUUCAGGCAAAUAAUUGUGAACAAAAUUACAUAUUCUGAUCCGAAUACUGAUAAAUGCAGUGACAAUAAAUGUGGUAUAGAUACCACUGAUCAUAUUUUACAAGAAUUGGUUGUUUAGAAAGAAAGAGAAGUCGAUACCAAAGAGAGCAUAUUUUGGUUUGGUGAACAGAAUGAAUUUAGGUAUCGGCAACAAUCAUUUUCGUUUCUUUCUUUCAACAAUCUUUUUUUUUUUUUUUUCAAAUGCCUAUUUUACCUAAGAACUCAAGGAACCAUCACCUGAACAUGGAUGAUGCAAUCUGAUCAAAAUUUUUGCCAUUACCCAAAUGUGGGCAAUGCGCCUAAUCAGAAUUUUUGCCGUCACCCGAAUACGGGUAAUGUGGCAGUCAAAGUGAUAAAGCUGUAACCAUCAGUUGUAUUCACUUUUCUAUUGUUCAUCAUCAGUUACCUGCUCAUAAUAAAAUAUAUGAAAUCUGCAUUUAAAGUUAUGUGGUACACUAAUGAAUGUACGAAUAAAUUACAUGUAAUAAAGAGAGAAUGUUCAUUAUGUAUAAUAAAUCAUGAAAUAACAUUUUAGUAGUAAAGAAAAAGUUUUGAAUGGGACUAAAAUCUAUUUUUAAUUUUAAAAUCAAAUGAUAAAACUGCUUAAAAUUUUAAUUUAAUAAAAGUUAAUCCCAUUUUUUAAAAAAUAUUGUUAUGUAUCUAUGUGGGUGUUAUAUAUCUAUAUGGGUAUGUAUGUACAU